UCCCCGGAUGCACUGCAGCAGAGACCGGCUCGGAAAGAACUUUCUAGAAAAGUCAGGAGCAGCUCGAGUAGCCGAGACAGACUCCCGGAGCCGCCUAGCCCCCGCCUGCCUGGCCGGCCGCCAUGGUGAAGGAGACCACGUACUACGAUGUGCUGGGGGUGAAGCCCGGCGCGUCGCAGGAGGAGCUGAAGAAGGCCUACCGCAAGCUGGCGCUGAAAUACCACCCCGACAAGAACCCCAACGAGGGCGAGAAGUUCAAGCAGAUUUCUCAAGCAUAUGAAGUACUUUCUGAUCCCAAGAAAAGAGAGUUGUAUGACAAAGGUGGUGAACAGGCUAUUAAAGAGGGUGGUACUGGCAGUAGUUUUGGGUCACCCAUGGAUAUUUUUGAUAUGUUCUUUGGAGGAGGUGGAAGAAUGCAGAGAGAGAGGAGAGGUAAAAAUGUUGUUCAUCAGUUGUCAGUAACUUUGGAAGACUUGUAUAAUGGUGCAACAAGAAAACUGGCUCUGCAGAAGAAUGUGAUCUGUGACAAAUGUGAAGGCCGAGGUGGUAAGAAAGGUGCAGUAGAAUGCUGUCCCAAUUGCAGAGGUACAGGCAUGCAAAUACGAAUUCACCAGAUAGGACCAGGAAUGGUUCAGCAAAUCCAGUCUGUGUGCAUGGAAUGCCAGGGACAUGGGGAGCGUAUCAGUCCUAAGGACAGGUGUAAAAGCUGCAUUGGAAGGAAGAUUGUUCGAGAGAAGAAGAUUCUAGAAGUUCAUAUUGAUAAAGGAAUGAAGGAUGGUCAGAAGAUAACAUUCCAUGGGGAAGGGGACCAAGAACCAGGACUAGAGCCAGGAGACAUCAUUAUUGUCUUGGAUCAAAAAGACCAUUCAACAUUUACAAGGCGAGGUGAAGACCUGUUCAUGUGCAUGGACAUACAGCUGGUUGAGGCACUGUGUGGCUUUCAGAAACCUAUUGCAACGCUGGAUAACAGAACUAUAAUUAUUACCUCUCAUCCUGGUCAGAUCGUCAAGCAUGGAGAUAUUAAAUGUGUGCUGAACGAGGGGAUGCCAAUUUAUCGCAGACCAUAUGAAAAAGGGCGCCUGAUCAUUGAGUUCAAGGUAAACUUCCCAGAGUGUGGCUUCCUCUCCUCUGAUAAGCUCUGUCUGUUGGAAAAACUGCUACCUGCAAGGAAGGAAGUGGAAGAAACUGAAGAAAUGGAUCAGGUAGAGCUGGUGGACUUUGACCCAUCUCAAGAAAGAAGACAGCAUUACAAUGGAGAAGCCUAUGAAGACGAUGAGCAUCAUCCUAGAGGUGGUGUUCAGUGUCAGACAUCUUAAAAUGGCCAGUGAAUACCUAUUGUGGUGAUUGUUUUGUAUGCAUUAGUGGAUGAGUGAACUACAAGCAGCUCACGCUCACUCCUUGCUAUUGUUUUGUUUUAAUAUUCAACCAUAGUUGUGUUUUUUAAAACAAGUUAAUGAAUAAAAUCAAUAAUAUUAGAAAACCACACACUGACUUUGCAAUUUAUGUAAAGUUCAGGUUGCAAGCUCAGCUGAAGUUGACCAUGAAGUUGACCCCUGGCUGCUUGUCUUUAUUUCAGGCCUUGUAAUUCUUGUAUUUUAAUUGUGUGCAAAUGCACUGGCUUAGAUUAAGAUUGAGUGGUGGUCUUUUAGAUUCUAUGCCCUGUUAAUGAAGUAUACCCAUGUAUUUAUUUAUAAUUCAUGUUAAGAUCAAUUAAAGUUUGUUCUAAUCAGACUGUAGACUAU